GCGGGCUCGCGCUGCUGAGACAGACAGAACACCGAGGACCGGCGGCGCGCGCACACAGUCUCCCACUCGGCCACCGACGCACGCUCCCCAAACAAAGAGAAGCACGCGACGCAGCGGAGCAUCCCACCUUUUAGCCGCGAGCUCAGUCACUGGCAGAACCGCCCCCUCAUCCCACUCACACGGAACCGGUCCGGACCCACCAUGACAACUAACGGCGCGACGAACGGAACCAGCGACAUGCUGCAGAUCCAGUUCGGUCUGAUCAACUGCGGGAACAAAUACCUCACGGCGGAGACGUUCGGCUUCAAGAUCAACGCAUCCGCCACCAGCAUGAAGAAGAAGCAGAUCUGGACCCUGGAGCAGAGCGGCGACGACUCCACCGGGAACGUGUUCGUACUCAAGUCACAUCUGGGCCGGUACAUCGCUGCCGAUAAGGACGGGAACGUCACCGGGGACGCCGAGACCCCGGGCCCGGAGUGCCGCUUCAUCAUCACCGCCCAUGACGACGGCCGCUGGUCCCUGCAGUCCGAACCGCACGGGCGCUACCUGGGCGGCACCGAGGACCGGAUCAUCUGCUUCGCUCAGACCGUGUCCGUGGCGGAGAAAUGGAGCGUGCACAUCGCCAUGCACCCGCAGGUGAACAUCUUCAGCGUGACGCGCAAGCGGUACGCGCACCUGAGCGACAAGGUGGACGAGAUCGCCAUCGACCGGGACGUCCCGUGGGGGGUGGACUCCAUGAUCACGCUCGUGUUCCGCGAGCAGCGGUACCACCUGCAGACCUCCGACAACCGCUUCCUGAAGAACGACGGCGCGCUGGUCGCCACCACGGACCGGAGCACGGGCUACACGCUGGAGUUCCGCUCCGGCAAGGUGGCGUUCAGGGACUGUAGCGGCAGGUACCUGGCCCCGUCCGGGCCCACCGGUACCAUGAAGUCCGGCAAGAGCGCGCGCGUCGGCAAGGACGAGCUGUUCGUGCUGGAGCAGAGCCACCCGCAGGUGGUGCUGACCGCUGCCAACGAGAGGAACGUCUCCACCCGGCAAGGCAUGGACCUGUCGGCCAAUCAGGACGAAGAAGGCGAUCAGGAGGUUUUCCAGGUGGAGAUUUGCCGUGAGAACAGGAAGUGUGCGUUUCGGACCGCGGCUGGGAAGUACUGGACCCUGACGGCUAACGGAGGCCUGCAGUGCACCGCCUCCACAAAGUCGGCGAACUGCUACUUCGACAUUGAGUGGCGUGGGAAGAGGCUGACUCUCCGAGCCGCUAAUGGGAAAUACGUGGCCGCCAAGAAGAACGGCCAGCUAGCAGCCACCAUCGACGCUGCCGGCGAGUCGGAGGAGUUCAUCAUGAAGCUGAUCAACCGGCCCAUCAUCGUGCUGCGCGGGGAGCACGGCUUCAUCGGCUGCAGGAAGGUGACGGGGACCCUGGACUCCAACCGCUCGUCCUACGACUACUUCACCCUGGAGUUCAGGGACGGAGCCUACAGCCUGCAAGACUCCACGGGUAAGUACUGGAUGGUGGGCAACGAGCAGUCGGUGGUGAGCAGCAGCGACGCGCCCGUCGACUUCCUCUUCGAGUUCUGUGACUACAACAAGCUGGCCGUGCGCCACGCCGCCGACGGCAAGUACCUGCGCGGCGACCACGCCGGCGUCCUGAAGGCCAACGCCGACGACCUGGAGGCGGCCACGCUGUGGGAGUACUGAGGGGUGAACGAGGCCGCCCACGCACCCGCCGCCCCCCUCCCCCUCCCCCCCUCCCUCCCUCAUAUCAUGUCCUGACUUUAUAUGUUGAUGAACUGCACAGAGAACAGGAAGGGCAGAAGAAGAAGGAAGGAGAGCCUCUCUCCCUCUCCUGCCUCCCUUUCCUUCCUUUUAUUCUUCCUACCUCCUUUCCCAGCUCUGUUCUGCAGUGUCGACCUUUAUCUGUUGCCAUAGUUACCGUGGAGCCGUGCACUUUCUCCCUGCUCCAGGGCCGGUUUGCUGCUCAACCUGUCAGUCGCUCUGUCCUCGCCUUGUGUUUGAGCAGAGCCCCUCCUCGUGUGGAAGCGGGUUCCUCAGCCCGGGUCGAGUGCGUGGGUUUUCAGGAUCAGGCCUCGCGGUUCCCCACAGAUGACGUGACCCCCGCACCCCCCUCGUCCCACCUGUAAAGUAUUGAAACGUAAAGCGGUGUCCUGUGCUGUUCUAGCCGUGUUCUCCGCUUGGCGGGAUGUCCGACUUCCUGGAGCAAACAGGACGCAGGAAGUCAAACCACUCGUGCUCAUCCCCUCCACACGCUGAACCUAUUGUUCCUAAGAACAAAAUAGAGUAAAAAUAAAAACGGUGCGUAUGUUCACUGCACUCGCGUCUAACUGGAAAGAAACUUAGCAUAUUUUUAUUCUCUACGUCCAAGGCACAGACAUUAUCAUGGGUAGAGGUUAGACGGACACGGCGACUGGAGGCCGAGCGCUUCAGAAAGCUGCUUUUCACAUCCCUCAACCAAAACAAACCACAGCCUUCAUCUAGAACCAAGCUUUGAUGCUGAUGUAACUGGAACCUGGUGCUACUAACUGGCAUGUUGCACAGAAUGGGCUGCAGGAGUCGUUGGCUCCGUCCCAUCGCUGCUGCUCAUCCUCCCUCCUCCACAGAGCGUAACGCGUUCACGUUCACCCACUGAGCAGCAAAGUGUGUUCACUUCAAUCAGUCCACGCUCAUGACAGCGACGCGCACGCUGGCGCUUGGUCCUGAACUACUGGGCUCCUCCACCCGUCACCGCUCCAGUCCCGUGACACGAAGCAUGAUUGUAGCCACGUACAGGUUUUCUUUUCCACGAAGGGUUGAGAAUCUGAAGCGAAUGAAAGGAGCAGUUGUCCUCGGAGAAGCUCGAGUCUCCAAGGAAACGAGGGCUCAGACAAACAGAUGUGAGGAUAAACAUGUGGUAAUGACUGUGCCUUACUGAGUUUUUGGGCAGUAGGAAAAUAAAAUCUAAAAGAAAAGUCCACAUCUUUGCUUUGUAUAACUGGAACCUUUUGUAUUGUUUUGUAUAAUUUUUUGGAUAUUGUGGGUUUAUUAAUCUCUCUCGUGCCAUUGGUUCACCUGAAGUCCAACGACCAAUAAAACUGGGAUUUAGAAAGCU